UUUAACACACAGGUUAAGCUCGGUAGCGAUUACCGACGAGAACCAUGGCGGGUAAGCAGAUCGGCGGAGACGGAGGUUUACCGGCAAAUCUCGCCGGAAUGACUAAAAGUCAGCUCUAUGAUAUUAUGUCUCAAAUGAAGACGUUGAUUGAUCAAAACCAUCAACAAGCGAGGGAGAUUCUGAUUCGGAACCCUCUUUUGACGAAGGCUCUUUUCCAGGUUCUUCUUCACUUCGCUAAUCUUUUCCAUCUUCUAAAUCUGCAAUCCGUGUGGUCUUAUAAGCAAUGAGGAAUUCUGAUUUGGAGCUUCUUACUUGAGUAAAUUGAUUGGACUAGUUUGGGUUUAGUAUUGUUGAAGAAGCAGGCACAAAUCAUGCUCGGAAUGGUUCAGCCUCCUCAAGUGACUCCGAAAGUUGAGCCACAAGCUGUACAACAACCUCAACAAUCUCAUCAAUCUAUCCCGCCAAAGCCAAACGUUCAAGCUCAUAUGUCUUCUUUCCAAGGCGGUGGCAGUGUACAUGAGCCAGCCAAUACGAUGCAGCCACAAGCCCCGAUUCGAAAACACCCAACACCACAACCAAUGCCUAUGCCUCCACCACCGCCUUCUGUUUCUGCAAAUAGUGCUCAAUCACAGCCUCGUUUUUCGCAUCCCCAGCGUCAGGGACAUCUGAAUCCUGCUGUCACUUCUAUGUCUCAUCCACAGUCUUCUCAAGUUCAAAACGCGCCUCCUCCGGCUUCCCAUCAUCCAACAUCCCAGCAACCUCCUUUUCAUCAUCUUGAUAUACCAGCUUCCUCCACUCAGUUGCAACAACAACCAAUGCACUCUGGUGGAGGUCCUCAUGUGGCACAGCAACAGUCUAGACCAUAUCAUCAUCAAUAUGGACAAGCUCAAACUGGUCCAAACACUGGAUUUCAGCACCAUGGCGCACCUACUCAGCAUCUUUCUCAACCCAUGUAUCAUUCAGGCAACAGACCCCCUGCUUCCGGUGGACCUCAAUUCCCGCAGGGACAGCCACAUCUGCCUAGUCAGCCAACAUAUCAGGGAGGAGGUCAAUAUCGUGGAGACUACAACAAUAACCAAUUAGCAGGUCUGAUGGCUCAAGACAGAGGUCCUUCUUGGAUGGCUGGCCAAUCAGAGAGCUCGAACAUUACUCAUCUGCCAGGCUUAGGACCGGUGCCUCCACCAAGCCAAGUUGGGCCUGGAGGUGGCCCACCACCUCGCCCUGCACCGAUAUCUGCAGAGAUGGAGAAGGCACUACUUCAACAAGUGAUGAGCCUUACACCAGAGCAGAUCAAUCUGCUGCCACCAGAACAGAGAAACCAAGUCCUUCAGCUUCAACAGAUUCUCCGACAGUGAAUCUCAUAGAUAAUCGCUUGGUCUCCUCCAUGUUAGAACUUUGAAGAGACAGGUUUUGGCUUUGAAUGUAAGGCCUGAGUUAAGUUUGGGAUAAUUUGUAAAAAGAAGAAAAGUAAUUAGAUUUUUUCAAAGUUCAAGGUAUCACUAAAUACCUUUGGUCAUAUCCCCUGGAGAAAAUUUAUGUGUUCUCUUUGAUUUAAUGUUCAGUAACAAUUUUCUUCCUGAAUUUCAAAGUUACGAAAUCUUGCUUACAGUUGUUUUGCAGACUCUUUUUUCACUCUUUUAUUGCAGUUGUUCCAAGGAAAACAAAUUAUGCGAAG